GCUCUCGACAUCUUCAGGAUUCAUCGGAGCCCUUUCUUGCUCUCCAUGUGGCUCAUUUGUCUGUUCCAAGGUAACUUUUCCCUGCUCAGUCUCUCUGACUCAGAUGGAGCCCGGUUCAUAAAGACAUUUGCUGAUGUCUUUGAAAAUACAGCAAUUCGCCCCGUGAAGAACUUCACUCAGCCAUUGGAAAUCAACCUCACCAUCCAACUCCAUGCGAUACUGGGUCUGGAUGAGAAGCAAGAAAUUCUAACAACAUAUCUCUGGAUGGAACAGAGGUGGUUUCAUGACUUCCUGGUGUGGGACCCAUCAGACUUCAGCGGGAAAGACUUGGUCGCUCUGCCUAAGGAGAAGCUCUGGCUUCCCGAUGUCCUCAUCCUUGAGAUGGUAGACGAAGAUAAAUCUGCUGAGACCCCAUAUCUGUAUGUGCAUCACACAGGGUUGGUCAUCUAUGGGAAACCGCUGAGGAUCGUCAGUUCGUGUAAUCUCAAUAUCUUGUACUUUCCGUUCGACAUUCAGAAAUGUCCACUUACAGUUUCAUCCAUCACCUUUUCUGACAAAGAUAUGAAACUGCACAUCAAAGAGACUUCUGAGGAGAUAACGUCCAAAUCCAAGAAAGUUUUUGCAAGCAAAGGAGAGUGGGAACUCCUCCAGAUCACAGCUUCUGAGGAGAGUGUUCUGGAGGACUGGGGAAGCUAUGAUUUUAUAUCCUUGGAAGUGACAAUGAAGCGGAGGCCAAUGUUUUACAUUGUGAACAUACUCAUCCCGAGUGCCUUCCUCAUGCUGACGGACAUUGUGAGCUUUUAUCUGCCUGCUCAUAGUUUUGACCGAGCCUCCUUUAAGAUGACCCUCAUGUUAGGCUAUUCGGUUUUCCUCAUCAUUGUGAAGGACUUGUUACCCAGUAACUCAUCCCACACUCCAUUGAUAGCCAUUUUCUUCCUGGUGUCUCUGACCUUCAUGGUCAGCAGCUUGUUUGAGACUAUCGUCAUUAUAAACAUCAUCCACCAGAAUGCGAAACAGAGGAAGCCAAUCCCAGCUUGGAUGCGAACCAUCAUUUUGAACUAUGGGGCGAAACUGUUCUGGCGGAGAGGGAAGCCACCUGUUUACCAUCAGAUUUCCCGUGUCUCACUGGCCACCAAAAUCACAGUCCAAGAUUGUGAAAUGAAGAGUUCCUUGUCAGAGGAGAUUGAUGCUCUUCAGGCAUUGCUGAAUAGGAUCGCUGAGGGAGUGGAGGAAAUCAAACAGGGCCUGGAACGACAUGACCAAGAGCGGGAGCUGGAGGACGAGUGGCUGCAGAUUGGUCACAUCCUCGACUGUGUCCUUCACUCUGUGUACUGCAUAUUCUUCACAGCUUUCUUAUUAACUCUCGCUGUGACUUGGCUGAUGUGACCUUCUAGGUAAAAACAAUGACUGCAGAUGCUGGAAACCA